AUAUGAUUCUAUAAAGAAUCAUAGUGAUAUCAAAUAUACCGAUAGUGGCAGAUCGAAGACAAACACAUUUUAUUUUGUAUAAGAUUUUGUGGACUGUAGCUUACUUCGUGAGAUGAAAAGGUACAAACAUUAAUUAUAGUUAUCCAGCGUUAUCUCCCUGUUUAAGAAACAGUUGUUCAGAGAUGAGAAGGACCUCCUAGCAUAAAUAGACAACAUUAGCAGAUACAUGGUGAUGCAAAGUGUCCAAUUCCUGAAUGAGAGAGACUAACCUAUAGAUCAGAAAUGAGAAUUAUGCAGUCCUCCAAAGAUUGGACUGCAAAUCCCAGCAGCCCUAGUUUAACAUAGCCAAUGGUGAGAAAUACUGGAGGUUAAAGUCCAACAACAUCUGGAGAGUUGCAUGAUUCCCACCUUUGUUUUAUGUGAACUCUGUGAGUGGGCAAUUGUGCUUAGAAAAGUCAGAGGGAAUAGAAAUGGACGGGAAAAAAUUAAAGGUGACAGAAAAAUGGGUAUUAAAUAAACAAAAACCUGGGAGGAAAUAUGAGCCAUCCCUGCAUAAAUGCUCUGAAUAGCAUCUCUAGUAUGGUAAAAAAACAACAAAACAAAACAACUCUCCAUUGAAGCCAUAGAGGACAUAGAGUCUGACCAUCUCGAUAAAUUGUUAUUCAGCUGUUUCUCUCUUUGAAGGGCUUUCUUUUUGUCAAGAACGGUCACCUAAGAGCUGCAAAGAUAUCUGAAGGAUUAAAUAAUUCCCCUUCUGGUUUUUUGAAUGCUGCCAUUUCUACUAUCUGCUUUAUGUUCAUUUGGUUCUUUUGUCCUCUGUAAAAUUCAGCAGGGCAUGGUUGGUAGAUGGUGGCAUAUAACACGCUGGAAGAAGAGCAGGUGAAUAAAUCCUUGAUGUUAUGACUGAUAUUAUUGGUUUCAUGUUUCCAGGGGGAUAGAAUUGGUUUGUCAAAACUGGACCUGGCUCCUGUAUCCAUGUCUCUGUUAUGAGGUCUCAUGUUGUUCCUGAAUAAACUCUUCAGUUUCUGCAGCUGUCACAUAAUACAACCCAAAACACAGGUUUUUCCUCCCACUGGUGCCUUUGCUGACCAUGGAGAACUUGGAAGCGAUUAUCCUGGUGAUCAUGGCAACCCACAGCUUGGUCCGGCUCCACUUGCACCGGGGUGGCGUCGCUUCCCGGGCUCGGCGCACCAUGCGAAGGGUAAUGACUCACCACAUUUCCCUGCUCCAUCAGCUCCUUCCUGAUAUCUGCCCUGACAGUGAGACCAGGCUGAUAGCAGAAGAGCUCAACGCUGGUCCCCAUCGCUUCUGGUCUCGCCAGAUCACCCAGGACUGGUGGGAACGGGUGGUGCUGGAGACCUGGGACCCCGACCAAUGGCUCCAGAACUUCCGCAUGACCAAAGAUACCUUCUUGGAACUGUGUGAGGAGCUUCGGCCGGAGCUGCACCGCCAGACCACCAGCAUGAGGGCCCCACUGAGCGUGGAAAAGCGGGUGGGCAUCGGCCUAUGGAAACUGGCCACUACUGAGUGUUACCGAUCGGUGGCUGACCGCUUCGGAGUUGGCCGUUCCACCGUCGGAGAGGUCUUCAUUGAAGUGUGCCUGGCUAUUGAGAAGCUUCUUUUAAAGAAGAUGGUGGCCCUCAAAGAACCUGAGGAGGUCAUGGCAGGAUUUGCAGAAAUGGGCUUCCCAAACUGUGUGGGGAUCAUGGAUAGGACUCACAUCCCCAUCCUCUGCACUGUGCGAAAGGGGACCAGCAUCAGUCAGAAAGGCUUCUUCCCAAUGUUGUUGCAAGGCACAAUGGACCACAAGGGCCGCUUCAUCAAUAUCGAGCUCAGCUGGUGUGGCAAAGAUGGAAAUGCAUCCUUCUUUCGGAAUCUGAUGUUAUAUGAUGCAAUGGACCAGGGCUCUUUUGUGCCUGGGAAUCCUACAGUGACCAUCGACGAUGUUGCGAUCCCUCCACUGAUCUUGGGCGAUGUGUUCUGUCCCUUAAAAAAGUGGCUCAUGACUCCCUUCACUGACAACCUUGACCCUUCUAAAGAACUUUUCAACUCCCGCCUGAAUGACUGCAAGAAGGUGGCCGAGCUUGCCUUUGGGCGGUUGAAGGGACGAUGGAAAUGCUUAGCCACACGCUUGGAGGUUGCAGAAGAGAAUAUUAUCCCUGUCGUAGUGGGGUGUGUUGUCCUCCACAAUCUCUGCGAGAGUCGUGGGCACGUUUUGGUUGAUGAGCCAUUGCCCCAAGACCAAGCUGCAUUGGACCAGGCUCCAGAGGGACAACUGACAUUUCCAAUAUACCCAGAAGAUGCGCAGGAUGGGAACCUAGUGAGAGAAACUCUGGCAAACUACUUUAUGAACAACUCAUAACUAACCUAAAAGGACUUCAGUACAAGAAGGGCACAAUUGUUUCAAAUGCCUUCUUUGGGUGAAUUCAGAUGACCAUUUAGCUAAGGGAGGGGGGGUUUCUAGAUGAAGACCCAUAUUUCUGACAAAUCCAGCAGUAAUGUAAAGUGAGUUUUCCCCUCUCAAACAACAGAAAACAGGGGAGUAUCUUGAGAAAUGAGGGGGGUAGAUGGAGGAGAGACUCCAAACAUAAUUUUAAAAAGUGUUAAUGGGAAAAUAGCAAAUAUUGUGAAAAACAUACAACUAAUGCAGUGAAAAACCACAGAAGGUGAUAAACAAUACAGUAGCGGGAUAUCACAAUUUAUAAAGCCUUGUACAAACAAAUGACAAGUAUAUAGACAUUGUAUAACACUUAUAAGAAAGUAUGCAGCAACAUAAGAAUGAUAAAACGAGCUGUUUCAGUACUAUUAAUCUCAAAAUCAGAGAUUGAAUUCCCUAGUGAUAGCUGGAGCCAUAUAAUUAUCCAGAUCCAUCUAAACAUCUAUGUGAAUAGUACAAACAAGUGAAAUAUAAUCUAAGAGCUAUGUACAAAGAGCUGAAAUGAGGACCUGACCUAUGUCUGUUCUCAAAAUGUGGAGCCGUUUCAUUGAGUUUUCAUCAGACUUGAUAAGAAUGCUUUCCAAAAGAGUCUCAUUUAUAGACUGCACUAGACUCUUUGACCUAUUCACAAGGAUGUUUGGAUGGACUUGGAUAUUUAUAUGGCUCCACCUUCAAUUCAUCUGUAUCUGAUUUCAAUACUGUUGAUCAGUAUUGAAGCUGCUCUUGUUUUAUAAUUUUAUCCAGCUGUGUACUGUCUUGUGUAAUGCAUUGUCUAUAGGUUGCGAUAUUCAGUUCUAUUGUAUUGCCUAUAACCUCCUGUGAUUUUGUACCCCAUAUAUUUUUCACAGUAUUAUUGUCCUAUUAACACUUUUUGGAGUCCCUCUUCUCUUGGUUUUUAUUGUGGUUUUCCACUCUGCAACAACCCUUGUGGUUUUCCAUUCUGCAACUGUUUCUGACUGAAGACGAAGUCAGCUCUCUGCGGAGACCUCUGCUAUUUCCAAUGGCAUGCGCACCAUCUUGAAUAUGCGCAAUCCUCCGUUUUUGCGGGGGGGGGGGGGCCAGAAUGGAUCUACCACAAAAACGGAGGGCCAACUGUACUACUUGUACUUAAUUUACACUCCAUAUCUGUGUAGAAAACCAUGACUAUCAAGGCCAGCUCCUGUUUUGGCUUGUUUUAUUUUUAUGUUUGUUAUUUCCAUUUGUUGUAAAGUGCUGUGGAACUCUGAGGAGUUGGCAUUUAUAUAUAACCUUUUAUAUAUAUAUAAAAAAUAAAGAACAGUGAAAGAGGA